CGACGGGAGCUACAAACGGAUCACCACAGAUCACCGAGUGUGCUUCUAUCAUUUGUCUUACCUCGCUCACUCAAGCGAUAUAUCCCGAUACUGUUCUUCUCCGCACUCAAGCCUGAUGGCCUCCUACAGAGAGGCAUAUCUACCACACGAUGAAGCUGUUGAGAGACCGUGCUGUCGAGGGCAGCAUUCAGCAGCCUCAACGGCUCAUUCGCGUCCUGCACAAGCCGCCAGUCCUUCCCACCUGGGUGGGCUAUACAUCGCGUAUGUGGCAGCACGACAGAAAGGCUCCCCGUCUUGAAUACCACAGAAACAUUUGAUCGUGCCUGUCCAGGAUGCCACGUACCCUUAUCGUCAGCCUGCUCAUCGAAUUCCCCUCCUCACUGCAUGAAGGUAGGCGAUCAAGGGACUGGCAUCCCAAGCCUAACCAAGAUUCUAUCAAAAGCAACCAGCGAAAACACACCGCGGGGUUGACCAGCCUCCAGAUGGGCCCCUUCUCCCCGCAGCGCCCGCGUGUGUGUGACGGCGCGGAGCCGGACACGCGAGCAUCCACUCGGCCGGCUCUCAUCCCGGUGGACUUGUGGGCCCUCCCGUUGACCUUGGACGGACCCCGCUUUCAACCCCUGAUCAUCUCAACUCAAGCCGUCCAUUCAAUCCCGACCCCGACCUCUUGACCGACAAUGGCGGUGACAGGCUCUAGAUGCAUCAAAUGCUGGCAAUGGCAUACAUACCGCCAAUGAAGCAAAGGCCUUUGGACAAGACCGAUUGCCAACCACCAAAUAGGCAAGCAAUCUUUUCAGCGCUUCGACCCUGGCGUGCCUGGGUUUUGGGCUCCAAUAUACUUUCAUCUUCACCUUGGACUACAGACCAGAACUCCAUUCAGCAACAAAGACAUAUUUCAAUGGCAAUGAAGAAACAAACUCAUUAUCAAACCCCUUCCAACAGCAAGCAAACAUGUUCGAAAUCAGAACCAACGUCAAGAAUAAAACAUGACAUUAAAUUAGGGAAAGAUGUUUAUCUUGUAACAACAAUGAUGGAACCGGCAUCAAACUAAAUUCCCAUUUCCAACUUCUGCUUAUUGACCUAGCAUUCGGGGUUCAUGCAUCGAUGCAAUGAUUGCUGCCCCGAACGGGCGCGUUGGACACAGUUGGUUGGUCAACCGG